AUGUCGCGGUUUGCUGCCUGGGCAAAGAAGCAGCAAGAGGACAAAGGUGAAGGUCUGGUCCUGGCUGGGAUUCCCAUCGAGAGCCUGCCAAAACGGCAGCUGGAGCCCUUCCUCGUGGACAACAGCCUCCUCGCCUCGCACAGCGCCGGGCUGCGAUAUCGCAGCGCUCGAGACCUCGUGGACAAGAACCAGGCUCUGAAGUCGGCCCGGUGGGGAAGUGUCGUCUGGGGUGUCCUGGACGAGGAUGGCCAGUGGCUCAAGGUGAAGGCCGGGAGAUACCUUCCAGUUCACAUCGGUGGAAUCCAGGUCCUCAAGGUGCUGCCUUCGGCACCAACUCGCGAGGAUUCCGAGGAUGAGGACAAGCAGAUCGCAGAGCCCCAGACGCGGUUGGGCAGUCUCAAGGUGCCUAGCAUGUUCCGGCCCGUGACAGAGGAUGCUUCCAUCGAAGCACUGGGCCAUGGCGCAUGGUAUCAUGUUGUCGCCGAACGUGUGGCAGUGCGCGAGGGCCCGUCGUUGGGUGCUGCAGCAGUAAGUUCUCUGCGACGAG